GGAGGGAGGGGGUGGGGGGCAUGGGGUGCUGGGGUGGGUCAAGCCGUGUCUCUGGUCCUGCGCGCGCGCGCGCGUCCAUCACAAGCCCAUGUGCGCGCUGAUCAUUGCGGGUGCCCGGGCGCGCGCACCGGUGCGUAAAUCUGGGAGUGAUUUUAGAAAAACUGGUUUAAAUGGGUUGGUUUUUAUUAUGGGCUUGAUUGGUUUAGGUCUUAUUGGGCUGAGCCUUUCUUAAGUUUGGUUUGGUUUCAGUUUUGAGAGGAACCAGUUUGGGUAUAGUUGGUUAUGGGCUGAAAUCAUUUGAUGCAUUAUGGGCUACAAACCAUGGGUACAACCCGGUUCGCUGCGUCCAGUUACCCACACGCUGCCUGCGGUGCUGCCCUGCCUCUUCCGGUCUUCCCCCGCGCCGCACCUGCUCCCCUGCCUCUUCCUUGCGCCGCCGCCUCGCCGUCACCCUCCGGCGCCGCCCCCUCCUUGCGCUGCCGCCUCGCCGUUACCCUCGGGCACCAAGCCCUCCUUGCGCCGCCGCCUCGCCGUCACUUCCUUGCGCCACCGCCUCGCCGUUACCCUCGGGUGCCGCCCCCUCCUCCGUCGCGCGGCCGCGCCACCUUCCCUUCGCCGGCAGGUCCUGCUCCUCCCGCGACAAGGUGCUCCGGCGGCAACGACGGCAAGGUGCUCCGAUCCUGCUGGUCCCCUCCUCGUAUGCAACAACAACAACAGCAACCAGUGUGCUAUAAAACUUGAGGCAUGUCUACGUCAGAGGGUUCGGAGACUGCUGAUUUCAUGGAUGAGGAUACGAGUCAAAUACCACAUGUUAGAAGGUCCAAGCCUUACGUACGGCCAGCUGAUGGAGUUUAAUGCGCUUUCAACGAAAAGGCUCGCUCCAAAUUCAAGUGACACGGUGUUAGCGGUGAUGCAGUGUCAGCUGGCUGAUCGUUUGCUGGAGCGUGGGGAACGGCUUCGAGCCUACUAGCUAACACGAGGUAGGUUCAUUAACCUCGCAUCGGUGCCGAGAUACUAUCACAGUGAUAAGGUGUUUUUCUAGGUUUUGUUAGGGUUUGUAUCGUGCUCGGAGACGAGGCAGUGAUGGCUCUAUGUAGAUGGAUUAAGGUUCUUCCCGUCUAGCCCUUAUUCCGGCGGUGCUUCUUGCAUUGUUGGAGGGCAUGUGGAGGUUUGUCUCCGGCGGAUCUUGUGGUAUUCGUUCAGUGCUUGUCUUCGAUGGAUCCAUAUGGAUCCGGUCUUCAUUCGUCAAUGGUCAUGUGUCUAUUUGUUGGAUCCUUUCGACUUACGCUUCUCUUCAUCAACGGCGAUUGCGGUUUUGGUGUGCUGAUCCCGUAGCGCAUUAGCACGGCGAUUUCCCGAUUGUCUACUACAAUAAGGUUUGUCCCGCUUCAG